AUGUCAGACUUCGACUCUCCAGCAGAUACACCUCAGCCUUCGGGCCACCGUCGCUCUACGAAACGGAGCAGAUACGAUGACAGCGAAGCCUCAACUCCACGCGACAGCUCCCCUGACGAGCUUGCAGAUCACCAGCCCUACCGUUCGAGACUGAGCACCCGCCGGGACUCAGGUCCUCGUCGCAGAGCUCACUCAUCCGAUGGCAGUGUCGAUGAGUUAGAUCACACAUAUCAUGAACGAAAUCGAGACCGAAACAGAGACCGAUCAUCAAGUUCAUCCACUCGCGACUCGUCCCAUUCCUCACCACGCCCUCCUUCACCUCCUACAUACAGACCCUUGAAGCUCAAUUACCAGCUGAAGUUCAUACUGAAGGGCCACCGCAAAGGUGUUGCUCAAGUACGGUUCUCGCCCGAUGGACGCUGGAUUGCGAGCUGUUCGGCAGAUGGGACAAUCAAGAUCUGGGAUGCAGCAACUGGGAAGCACAUGCGCACGUUGGAAGGACAUCUGGCUGGUGUAUCAACGAUAGCAUGGAGUCCCGACUCGAACACAAUUGCUUCUGGAUCGGACGACAAGACGAUUAGAUUGUGGCAUAGAACGACUGGAAAGGCAUACCCUGCAACCCUAGCUGGACACCACAAUUACGUCUAUUCACUUGCAUUCUCGCCGAAGGGCAAUAUGCUAGUCAGUGGAAGCUAUGAUGAAGCUGUCUUCCUGUGGGAUCUGCGAGCUAGGCGGUUGAUGCGAAGCUUGCCCGCGCAUUCGGAUCCUGUCGGCGGGGUAGACUUCAUUCGAGAUGGCACACUGGUUUGCAGCUGUUCUACCGAUGGACUAACUCGAGUGUGGGACACAGCGACAGGUCAAUGCCUUCGUACCCUUGUGCACGAAGACAAUGCACCCGUGACAACAGUUCGAUUCUCUCCCAAUGGACGAUAUAUCCUUGCUUUCACACUAGAUUCCUGCGUCCGUCUUUGGGAUUAUGUUUCGGGCACCGUCAAAAAGACAUAUCAAGGUCACGUCAAUAAGAAAUACUCUCUGGGUGGGGCAUUCGGUGUUAGUGGGUCGGAUGGCUUUAUAGUCUCUGGUAGUGAAGAUGGCGAUAUCGUGUUCUGGGAUGUGCGGACAAAAGACGUGGUACAGCGAGCAGAGAAGGCUCACGAAGGAGUGGUCUGCUGGGUCGACACCUCACCCGGAUCAGAUGCUACAGUAGUGAGCGGUGGUUUAGAUGGCACGGUUAAAAUCUGGGUGAAUAUUCCUGAGGGUGGCGAAGUAGUCGAUGGGAUGAACGGAGUGAAGCUGGAACAGGAUGGGGUUGACGCUGAUAUGGUGGAUGUGAAGAUCGAGGAUCGAGAUGGCUAUGAUGAUACCCUAAGAGAUGAUGCAAGCAUGGAUGGUAGGCGAAGUCCUAACCGUGGCCGUGGUCGCAAUGGCAAUAGUCGAAGUCAUGACAGGAUGGACGAAGAUUAG